CCCUUGGUUGAAUUUAGAGGCGUCUGUUCCGGAAUCAGCUGUCCGACAAACCAAAACAACUGGAUAACUUCGCGGUGAUAAAUAAGCGCUUCGUUUGAUGUCGAGCAUGUAGAAACACUUGUGUUCUCGCGGACAUUUGAGCCAAAAUAGCUACAACGAUGCCCGCGGUUACAGCUGGAGUAAAGGAUCUUUAUCUCUCCACAUCGUUGGGUGAUCUCAACAAGAAGGCCGAAAUUAAGCCCGAUAAAAUAAGUACUAGAAGCUAUGUGCAGAGUGCCUGUAAAAUCUUUAAAGCUGCAGAGGAGUGUCGCCUUGACCGCGAUGAAGAAAAAGCCUAUGUCCUGUACAUGAAAUACCUUACUGUCUAUGACCUCAUCAAAAAGAGGCAUGAUUUCAAGCAACACCAGGACUUUUUUCUGUCUAUGCUUGGGCCAGCCAGCUUCAAAAAAGCCAUAGAGGAAGCCGAAAAACUGUCUGAAAGCCUGAAGCUCAGGUACGAGGAAGCAGAAGUACGCAAAAAGCUGGAAGAGAGGGAAAGGCUUGAAGAAAAGAAGAAGAGGGAGGAGAAGUCAGAGAAGGACCUGGGGAGAAGUUCCUUCAGAGAGGUAGCAGGAGCUAAGAAAGAGAACAAGAUAAAAGGGGAGCAGGAUGUGAAGACUGAGGUUCCCAAAGCCGCCGGCCCUCCCGGGGGGGUCACUGCCGAAAAGCUCUUUAAGAUGAUGAGAGACGAGAGCAUGAGUGUCCUUAUCAUGGACGCCAGGAGCAGGAAGGAUUUCGAGGAGUCCCAGAUGCACGUGCCCAUGCAGAACUGCAUCAGCGUCCCAGAGGAGGCCAUCAGCCCGGGAAUAACGGUCAAUCAGAUUGAGGCCAAGCUUCCGGCGGAGUCGAAGGACCAGUGGCAGCGCCGGGGGUUCGUCGAUUACAUCGUCCUGCUGGACUGGUUCAGCUCUGUGACGGACCUCAAGCUCGGCACCACCCUUCAGAGCCUGAAGGACGCCCUGUAUAAGUGGGACAGCAAGACCAUCCUCCGCAGUGAGCCAUUGGUGUUGGAGGGCGGUUAUGAGAACUGGCUGCUAUUCUACCCCAUGUACACGACCAAUUCCAAAGUGAAACCGCCGAGGCAAGACACCGUUGACACCAUCCCUCAAUUGAACUUCAGCUACCCGUCACUGGAGGAGCCUAAACCUCCUGCACCACUGGAACCGGAGCCGAAACCAGAGCCUGAGCCGGAGCCCCCCGCAGAGGUGAAUGGGAACCAGUCGGAGCAGCGGGCUACCCAGCUGGAGCCAGAGGUCCCCGAGAAGGUGCCAGACGCUCCUUCAGCCCCGCCCGCCUCCUAUCCAGUCCCCUCGGAUAAACUGAGCAAGGGCCCUGCCAGCCAGCCCGGAGUCACAGUCAAGGCCAUUCCGCAGAUCGAUCGCACCAAAAAGCCCUCUGUCAAAACGCCCGAGGGGGCGAAGCCGAGCAACGGCGCCCUGGCCAAGGACCAGCCGCCGGUCCAGAACGGGCCGCUGGUGCCCGACCGCUCCGUCAAGCCCCACUUCGCCCCCAAGGGCUCGCUGACGGAGGAGGAGCGGAGCCAGAUCCACGCCGAGGCGGGCAACCUGAUGGAGCGGGCCAAGCGGGAGCAGGAGCUGAGGAGGAAGGAGAGGGAGCGGCAGGCCCAGGAGGAGGAGGAGAGGAAGGAGAGGGAGAGGCAGGAGCAGCGUGCCGAGGAGGAGAGGCAGAGGAAGGAGGAGAGUGAGAGGAAGAGGAAGGAGGAGGAGGAAGAGGCAGAGAGGGAGAAGGAGAGGGAGCGGGAGAGGGAGAGGGAGAGGAAGCGUCAGGAGGCGGAGAAGGAGGAGCAGGAGAGAAAAGCGGCGGAGGAGAAAGAGAAGAGCGAGCAGGGGGCUCCGACUGCCGGCGCACAGGCCAAGAACGCACCCGCGCCUAACAGCGUCGUCAAUGACAUCAAGCGUGACCCAUUGACAAGGGCAAGGAGUGAGGAGAUGGGAAGGACUGUGCCGGGACUGCCAGAUGGGUGGAUGAAGUUCCUGGACACAGUGACGGGAACGUACCGUUACUACCACUCGCCGACCAACCGGGUGCACCUGUACCCGCCGGAAGUGAGCGUGUCCCAGACGCCCCCGGCAACGCCCCCUCCCGCCAAGCCGAAGGCAGCGAGCGUGGCGGAGGCGGACCGCGAGCACUCCAAGCUGAAGCGCUCCUACUCCUCGCCCGACAUCACGCAGGACCUGCGGGAGGAGGGCCAGAGGAAGCUUACGGCCACGCCCACCAUCAACAGGGACACCAAGCCGGCCAGUGUCACAGCCUACACUAAAGCUGAGAUCACCAGGCCGUCCGCAGCCAAGAUCCGCAACCUGAACCCCGUGUUCGGGGGCCUGGGGGCGUCUCUCACGGGCCUCCGCAACCUGGGGAACACCUGCUACAUGAACUCCAUUCUGCAGUGCCUGUGCAACACGCCCGCCCUGGCCGAGUACUUCAACAAGAACUACUACCAGGAGGACAUCAACCGGGCCAACAUCCUGGGGCACAAGGGCGAGGUGGCAGAGGAGUUCGGCGUGAUCAUGAAGGCGCUGUGGUCAGGGCAGUACAAGUGCAUCAGCCCUCGGGACUUCAAGAUCACCAUUGGCAAGAUCAACGAGCAGUUCUCCGGCUACGAGCAGCAGGACUCCCAGGAGCUGCUGCUCUUCCUCAUGGACGGGCUCCACGAAGACCUCAACAAAAGAGCCGACAACCGCAAGAGGUACAAAGAGGAGGAGAACGACCACCUGGAUGACUUCAAAGCGGCCGAGAUGGCCUGGAACAAGCACAAGCUGCUGAACGAGUCCGUCAUCGUGGCGCUGUUCCAGGGCCAGUUCAAAUCCACGGUGCAGUGCCUGACGUGCCGCAUGAAGUCCCGCACCUUCGAGACCUUCAUGUACCUGUCCCUGUCCCUGGCCUCCUCCACCAAGUGCUCCCUGCAGGACUGCCUGAAGAUGUUCUCCAAAGAGGAGAGGCUGACGGACAACAACAAAGUGUUCUGCAGGCACUGCAAGACCCACAGAGAUUCUACCAAGAAGCUGGAGAUCUGGAAGGUCCCCCCGAUUCUGCUGGUGCAUCUAAAACGAUUCUCCUACGAGGGAAGGUGGAAGCAGAAGCUUCAGACAUCGGUUGACUUCCCUCUGGAAAACCUGGACCUGAGUCAGUAUGUGAUUGGGCCGAAGCACAACUUGAAGCGAUAUAACCUCUUUGGAGUGUCUAAUCACUACGGAGGUCUGGAUGGAGGGCACUACACUGCCUACUGCAAGAACACCAUAAAGCAGCGCUGGUACAAGUUCGACGACCACGAGGUGAUGGACAUCUCCACUUCCUCGGUCAAGUCCUCGGCCGCCUACAUCUUCUUCUACUCAUCUCUGUGAAAAGCGCCGGGGGAGAAUGGCUGCGACGCAAAUCCAUACUGCAUGUCUGCAAUGCUGCUGCCGACGGAGGCAAACCGGUUUAAGCCGGUUUUGCACUGAGGGCUUAGUUAAAGAACGUUCGGGGCUGGAGCGCACGUUCCGCCCACUUCCAAGGAACGAGGCCGCUGAGGAAACCGUGUCACAUGACAGCACCUCACUUCCUAAAAGAUUAUAUAGAAGUUUAACACUUCCUCUGUCAUUAUUUUUGACGGUAGCAAGGUUGUGCGUACUUUAUUUUGUCACCAUGACUGGUGUAGGACCGGUUUAGGAGCGUAGGAUGCCCGCAGAGACUAAUUAUAUCACCAGUCUUUAACAAUGUCUCAGUUUUACUGCAGCUCUGGAAACCCUCAAAGCAUUCUGGCUGUUCUUUUCUCUUGGUUUUCAGUGUGAUGGCCUUUUCACAUUACUGACCUUAAAGCUUUCUUGUACUGUGAAUAUAUUAGAAUCAAGCAACGGGAAUCUAUAUGUACAUUCAGGACAUAGAUCAAGCACAUUAAAGCUGUGUUCAUACUGGUGAGAAGGAAUUUUGGUUUGUUUGAGAAGUGGAGAGGCUUGGCCUGUGAGGG